AUGUGGAAGAUGUUUACGCUCAAUGGAACUUACAAGUGCGCGAUAAAAAUCGCGGGCCCGGCAAAGUUUAAAGCGGGCGACUCGGUACGCGUCAGCAAAUACAAGACACUUUUCGAGAAGGGUUACACGCCGAAUUGGAUCACCGAGGUGUUUAAAAUCGUUAAAGUGCAACAUACCAAUCCCGUAACCUACCUACUCGAGGACUAUCGUGGAAAAUCCGUCGCUGGAGCGUUCUACGAGUACGAGUUGCAUCGCGCGACUUAUCCGGACGUGUAUCUCGUGGAGAAAGUACUGCGCAGGAGGGGCGACGAGGUUUACGCGAAAUGGUUGGGAUUCGAUGGAUCGCACAACUCAUGGAUACACAAGGACAAU